ACAAAUUCGUAAGUCGUACAAAUCGCAAGCAGUUUGCGGCCGGGUGUUAGUGGCAAAAAGACAAUUUUUAGCAGACGAGAGAUCAGCUGAAGAAAAUACUGUUUAUUAAAAUAAAUAAAUACGCGUACAAGAAUUUCGUUCUUGACCACAUGGAAAAGUGCAAAUACAUAAUACUCAAAAAGGAAUACAUAUAAAUAAUAAUUGAAACAAACGUAUCUCGUAUUGAAAAGUCAUUAGCAAAAUAAAUUAGACAAAGAAAACGCGAGAGAGAGAGAGAAAGAGAAAUCCUAGACUGUAAUUGUAGGCCAAUAUUUGGCGUUUGUUGUGAUCAAACCAAAUGGCGCAUAAUUCAACGUGAAACAGACAACAGAAACAACAAAACGGAUAUUUAGGUAUUGUGCCUGGCGUGGCCAAAAGAACCAUAUACAUAAUACACACACACACACACAUACAUACAUAUAUAGUAGCUAUAGCUAUAGCCACCACAUAGAUAUACGUAUACACAUACAUCGCAGCAAUUCCCACCGAUUAAUACAGUAAACUGGGCUAUUGCAAAACCGCAAGAUGACGACGCGCAUACGGCGUAAAAAGUCAACGUUGACAGAGCUCAAGAUCGCGGUUAUCGGUUCGCCCAGUGUUGGAAAGAGCGCCCUAAUCGUGCGUUUCAUAACGAAGCGCUACAUCGGCGAAUAUGAUCAUCAGACUGAGAGUCGCUAUAAGCAUGAGGCCAUGGUCGAUGGCGAGCCGGUGCUCUUCGAAAUACUGGACACAUGUCCCAAGGCUGACGAUGAAUUUCCCAAUGCCGCCGAGCUAAUCCAAUGGGCCGAUGGCCUGCUGCUUGUCUACUCCAUAACGGAUCGUCGCAGCUUCAACUAUAUACGUCGUGCCAAAUCGGAUCUGCAGUCGGACACGCCCGUUCAGCUGUGCGCCAACAAAGUGGAUAUGGUGCAUUUGCGUCAGGUCAGUCGCGAUGAGGGCGAAAUUCUGGCCAAAGACUUUGAGUGCAAGUUUAGCGAGGUCUCUGCAGCGGAUCAUGUGGAUCAGGUGGCCGAGGUAUUCAAUGAGCUGUGCAAGGAGGUGCUCGCCUGCAAGCGCAAGUCCAAGCAGAGUCUGCUCGAACGCAUGCUUGGCGGCACCAGACCCUACAGCAGAGGGAAGAGCGACAGCAACUUGCCAAAAGACUGAAAUUACACACACUCACACAUUUUGUUUAAAUAAAUCCAUUUUUUAAUGCAUACCAGAA